UUCGACCUGUCCGGACUCGCAUUCCCCCAGCGCUUUGGAGACACGCUGCUUGCAACACUUGAGCUGAAGGUUUUCUGUAAGCCUGGCUUUGUGGGGAAGGGCUCGUUUCGGCCACGCAAGUGGUGUCCUCUGAGCCACCCCAUCCCAUAGAAAAGGGGGACGGUGUCAGUAUCUCUUGGGGGGAUCCCUUCACUACAGCGACCAUUGAGCUGGAAGGGCCUUUGUCAAAUCUUUUCAUUAAACAGACCAAGCUACUUUCUCUCUGGGCAGGGAGAGAACCUCAGGGGUAUUUUCUCAGUGUCUGAGUUCUGGGAGUCACUGUUUGGCUUGCUGUCUAUCCAGAAAACUUCUCCAAAUCUGAAGAGAUGCUCUACUCCCCCUUCUCGUGAAAGCCCCAGGCUUGCUCAUCCUCUUGCUUUGGAAACUCAAGAGUUUUAACGCUUUUCCUCCUGCCUCUUCAGAGCUGUAAAAUUAAAUCAAGGGCUGUAGUUAGUGCUGGUUAGAUUGAGCUGGUUGUGUGCGGGAAGGUCCUUCUGGCUUCUGCUUUAUCUCUGGAGGAGUCCAGGGACGUGCUUUAUACAGGGGAAACAGCGGAAUUACUUUCCAAAGCAACUCGCAUUUCACAGACUCGAUUCAGCUCUCGAACCUGCACGUGCGGUAACGUGGUUAAAUAUGGAAGCACGUUCUCUCUGUGGUCCAAAAGCACCCCGGUACCGGGGGUGUUUUGUGGAGCCCAACGAGCACCUCCCUGAAGCCAGCGUGGGAGCAACAGGCUUUGUUUCCAGUGGGAGCUUUGCAGUGGAGAUGUUGCAAGAGCAGCCCGAACGCUCAUUUUGCGCCGCUUUGGGUCGUUCUGCAAUGCGGAGGCUUUGGGAAGAAGCGUGCCUGGCUCCUACACUUGCAUCCCUCUGGUUUUAAACCAGACUAAGGUACCUGGCAAAGCUGUCUUCAGUGGGGAGCAUCUCCGAGGAGGAGACCUGCGAGAAGCUGAAGGGCUUGAUCCAGCGUCAGGUGCAGAUGUGCAAGAGGAACCUGGAGGUGAUGGACUCGGUGCGGCGCGGGGCCCAGCUGGCCAUCGAGGAGUGCCAGUACCAGUUCCGCAACCGCCGCUGGAACUGCUCCACGCUGGACACCCUGCCCGUCUUCGGCAAGGUGGUAACGCAAGGGACGCGGGAGGCAGCGUUCGUCUAUGCCAUCUCUUCGGCAGGGGUGGCCUUCGCAGUGACCCGAGCCUGCAGCAGCGGCGAGCUGGACAAGUGUGGAUGCGACCGCACGGUGCAGGGGGGCAGCCCGCAGGGCUUCCAGUGGUCGGGCUGCUCCGACAACAUCGCCUAUGGCGUAGCCUUCUCACAGUCCUUCGUCGAUGUCCGCGAGAGGAGCAAAGGGGCUUCUUCCAACAGAGCGUUGAUGAACCUCCACAACAACGAGGCGGGGAGGAAGGCGAUCCUGAACAACAUGCGGGUGGAGUGCAAGUGCCACGGCGUGUCGGGCUCCUGCGAGUUCAAGACGUGCUGGAAAGCCAUGCCCCCCUUCCGCAAAGUGGGCAACGUCCUGAAGGAGAAAUUCGACGGUGCCACGGAGGUCGAGCAGAGCGAGAUCGGAUCCACCAAAGUGCUGGUGCCCAAAAACUCCCAGUUCAAGCCGCACACAGACGAGGACCUCGUCUACCUGGACUCCAGUCCUGACUUCUGUGACCACGACCUCAAGAACGGGGUGCUGGGCACCAGCGGCCGGCAGUGCAACAAGACCUCCAAGGCCAUCGAUGGCUGCGAGCUGAUGUGCUGCGGCCGGGGCUUUCAUACGGACGAAGUGGAGGUUGUGGAGAGGUGCAGCUGCAAAUUCCACUGGUGCUGCUCCGUCAAGUGCAAACCCUGCCAUCGGGUGGUGGAAAUCCACACGUGCCGGUGAUGCAGGGAGGGGAGCACCCGUCCACCCCCUCUCAGUGACCCUGCUUCUCCCCUGCCCCACGGCCAGGACUGGGGAAGGAACCCAGAUGCUGCAGGGAGAGCACAGCCCUUUACAGAGACAGAGCCCCAGAGGAAAACAGAUUUUAAAGAAAAAAAACAAAUAUUUAAAGUUUAAAAAAAUUGA